AUGGCGUCGCCGACGGGGACUUCCACCCCCGUUGGCUCCCCAUUCCCACCUCUAGAAGCCGAUCCAGAAUCUAUCCCACCGACCUCGAGAACGAAUAGUCCCGACUUACCCCCCGAUGCCCAGCCGCCGCUCACCCUCGCCGGAAGGUUACGAAGGCUUUCGGAAAGCUUUGGGGAGUCGGACAUACCUGAGAGUUUCUGCGCAGCGACGGGCUCGUUCGCAUCCUCUGUGCUGUCCGCGCCGCCCAGGCGGAGAAGCUCGCUAGCGUCUAGCGCUGGGGUUUCUCUCGGCACCGCAUCGCCCGCGCCCGAAGAUGGUGGAAGAACAAGUCGAGCGGCGUCUUUAUCGAUAUCACCGCCGGCUGUAAUUACGAGAUCGAGGAGAGGCACCGAGCCUCUGCCUGAAACGGUCGAGCACGAGCACGAGCAUGAGACGACCGAAACUUCGAGUGUGACUAUAGAUCAAGCCUUGUCGCAAAAGGAGCAGAGACCAAGCGAUGAAGAGGUGACCGGAAAGCCCCAGGGACUAGUCGGCGAGGGUACGGGUUUGGUCAGCGAGGCAGAACAUGCGGGCACGGCGCCAUUCGAUAACGGAUACCAUUUCCCACCCUCUCACGGGUUCGUAGGAGCGACGAAGCUAGGCGCGAUAGCACUAUGGAACUACUUCCUUACGCCGCUCGGGUUUUUCGUCGUCAUAUACGGCCUUAACGUCGUGGCCUGGGGAGGCAUGAUCUUCCUACUGCUGUGCAACGCUGCGCCGGCCAUGUGUCACCCGACAUGCAACGACAUCAACUCUCCCCGACGGAUAUGGAUCGAAAUCGACUCGCAGAUCCUCAACGCGCUUUUCUGCGUGACGGGAUUCGGUCUUGCCCCGUGGAGGUUUCGCGAUCUUUACUACCUUAUGAAGUACCGACUACGUAGCGAGCACGUGGCGCUGCGACGACUCGCGGGCAUCCACCGCGGAUGGUUCCGUCUCGAGGGUUCGCAGAACGUGCCCGUGAAUAUCGGACCGGCGGAUUUCCUCGAUACCGAGAAGGACGAUGCCGCUGCGGGGGAGUACGCGCCUUUCCUUCCCUAUCCGUUGAAGCGCACGCCGACCCCGCCGCUGACGGAAAUCCGAGCGGAACCUACCAAGGUGUGGAAGUUGGACACGGUCAUCUGGGCCAAUGCCUGGAACACCAUCUUCCAGGCCUUGCUGGCGGGGUUUAUGUGGGGCAUGAAUCGGUAUGAUCGCCCGUCCUGGGUCGUGGGGUUCCUUAUUGGCGUUGCGCUCGUGUUGGCGAUUAUGGGUGGCAUCUUUAUUUUCUUGGAGGGCAGGAGGGUCAAGUCUGUGGAGGGUGUUGAGUUGUCGGAGGCGGAUAAGAAGAAGCUGGCGGAGGACUACGAGCUGGAUAUUCCUCAUUAUAAUAACCUCAGCGACAAGCCGCCCAAGGAGAAAAAGAAGAGGACGAAACAAUAA